CAAAAGCAUUCUUAGAAUUUAAACCAAACUUAUCUUCCAUGAAUGAUUUGUGCGCUUCCAGUGAAACAAUGCGUUUAGAACGCAAAAAUCCACAUCUAAUCCUAACUGAUACUUUAAAGAAGGCUCUUAAACAGCCAUUACCGCCCGGUCCGCCUCCGAAGAAACCGCCUAGAAUCUUAGUGACUCCGGAAAAGAAAAAAGACACAAAGCAAAUGUUGCAAAAGCUAGAACAAGUCUUAGAACAGAGGGAAGCGCAAAAAGUUAAAAAUAUCUAUGAUAUUGCUGAGACUAACUUAAGCGUACAAAGGCCAGAAAUGCACUAUUUGUGUACUGAAAUUUUAGAUAUAACACAUAGAACUCUGCUACCGAAUCAGACACAAAACGAUUCACUUGCCAGUUGCUUUAACGCUUUAAACUGUGCUAUUGGUAACUCGACGACAAGUCUACCUUACACAAGAUUGAGCGGAGCAUUCUCGAACCGUAACUCUAGAUUUUGUUCAUGUAGCGAUGAAAAUUUACACAUCGACUCCUUUUUGAAGGAGAAGAAAUGUGCCAAAUGUGUCGGUAACGAUGGGAGGAAUUUCAAAUGCCAUUUAAAAUGUAAUUGCAAAGAGUCCGAGUUCUUUGUAGAAAAGGAGCAUGUUUAUGAUGUGCCGAUGGUUGAGAAGAAAUACGGGACUAUAAACAGUUCUAAGAUGAAACACAGGAGUUUGGAGAGUCUUAAGAUGGAUGAGGAAAUUAUCUACGACACCCCCCACCACUCCCGCCCCGCCACCCCCGAGCCGACGGACUUCCAAAAACUGCGCGACAGCUUCGAGAAACCAGCGCUGAAGCCGAAACCGAUACUUAAACCGAAGAGUUUCGAGAACAUCUGCGAGUCGGGGCAGCAGACGAGGUUCAAGAAAUACGCUACGGAGAGGAAGAGUAGGAGGCUGGAUGGGAGUGAAGUGAGGUUUGGGAAGGAGAAGAGCGUUCAGCUGGACGUGGAUAGACAAAAUUUGAAUCGGCUAAUGAACGAGAUCUACGAAACAGUAUCGGCAUGCAACAUGGAUGAGAACAAGCCAGGCUGCUUCCCCACUGAAUCAUCUGACAGCACCAGCGAAGAUUCAGUAAAACUGACCCGCAACCUCACCGAAAAGCGCAAAAACUACGUCCGUCGGGUAUCCUCGCGCGUCGCUUACACUGACCCCAAGAACAGGACUAGGUUUAGGCACCAGACCUCAGAUUGUUCCUAUAAAUCUGAUACCACUACAGAGGCACCGCGGUAUUCUACGUUCCGGUCUUGGAAAAGCUUUAGGACAUCCCAAGUGAAUGUUAACGACAUGAACUCCGAACCCCCAGAGCUUACAGAGAGGGGGGUCGACGACAAAACGGGGUGCGGCGGGGUCGGGCAGAGCGGGGGCCUAUUCGACGCGUGUCUGCUCGUCGGCCUCAACUGCAUGGCCGGGGAGGCCUAUGUCAAGAGCGUGUUCCCUAAACAAGUACAAGUGCCCCCACACAUAGAAAACCUAGUGUUUCCCGAAACUUUAAGCUCAGCCUGCAAGGAAUGGGCCCCUGAAGCUAAGAGCGCCCAGUGCUACUCCCUAGUCCUUACUGACGAGAGAGGCGAGCGGUCUUAUGGUUACUGUCGCCGAGUCUUACCAGAGGGCGCCACGGUCUGUCUUCCAUUGUGCUAUUGCAUUAUAGGCAAAUACAGAGCGCCUGGAUUUUAUUAUAAGGUGCUCCAAGAAAUAGAAUCUCACCACGGCAGCUCAGACGUGGAAAUAAACGGCAUACUCCAGCAGCUGUUCCACACCGACUUCCCAUCGCCAGGUGAAGAGUUGACGGUCCACCACGUUAGACCCGCACGAAGCAGUCUACACAUAGAGACGGCAAAGGCAAAAACUAUGCCGGAUUUCCGGCAUACUGUGACCGAAAAGGAUAUGGCGGCGUUUUAUGAUUUUGAGAGCAUGAAAGAAAAUCAGAGGACGCGGACGCUGAAACGGCCUCUAGAACCUCGAGCGGAUGAAGACAAUGUAUCCAUAUUAUUGGACACCCUGGGCCCCGGUCUGCUGAUCAAGGUCUUCGGCUCUCUACUGCUGGAAAGGAAAGUCAUCAUCAUCAGUGACCAGUUAAGCCUGCUCUCUUCAUGCCUCGAGGCCCUCCAGACCUCUCUGUACCCCUUCGUGUGGCAGCAGCCCCUAAUAUCCGCCAUCCCGGCCGAGAUACAGCGGGACGUGUUGGAAGCACCCCUGCCUAUGUUAGCGGGCCUACUGAAGACAGGGGACCUGGAUACCAGCGGGGUUCUUUUUGAAGAGGGCAUGCUAAUAGACCUAACCCAGCAAUCGAAGGUGAUAUUCUACCAAGGCGACGAGUCGACAAUCCUACCAACAUAUAGCUACAAGUCCCUCAAGACCACCAUACAAAUGGAAACCAGACAGAAAGACAAACAGGACGCUAAGACCAGGAAUGUGAUGAUUUCUGAGGCGUUCCUGAGAUUCUUUGUUGACGUUUUGGGGGGGUAUGAGAGGUGGUUUAAGGAGGGGGUGAAGGGGGAAGGGGAGAUGGGGAACGGUGGGAUCGUUUUUGAUAAAGAAAACUUCAUAAAAAACGCCCCGUCAAAACAGAACCAGUACUUCCUAGAGUGGUUCACGGAGACCGCCAUGUUCAACCACUUCAUACAAAACAUGGCGGCCAUACAUACAAACAAACAAAACAACAACGUAGACACACCUCUACCCAACUUCUAUGAGUUAUUCGAAGAAAGAGUCAGUAGCAGGGGACGAAUGGAAAAGAUGGACGGUAAGGGAUAUUAUAAAACGGCUAUGAAUAAAAAAGUUAGGUUAUUGAAGACUAAAUUGAGGGAGCUAGUUAAUUAGUAUUUAGUUUUUACGAUAAGUUAUAGGAA